CGCGAAGUCUCCGAUAAGCUGAGCGAUCUCCAGUUGACGUCGGAGGAGGUCGGAAGACUGAAAAAAGCCUUUGGAGACCCAGAAUUCCGUAAGCUCUUCAAGGAAUAUGCCGAGGAAAUAUCCGACCCGAAAAAUCGUAAGAGGUAUGAAGAAGAAAUACGCCUCAUGGAAAUGGAGCGUGGAAUGGACGUCGAAUUUGUCAACCCGACCCCUGGACAUUGCUUAAAGACUCGCCAUUGGCCGAAGGUCCAUGCAUCAAAGCUGCAGCAGACCGUGGAUCCGGUAGUAGAUAAAACGGGCGAGGAAUGUGUCAAAGUUUUCAUUAAUGUCUGCAAAUCAGUUAAGAUCGAAUGUCCUGUUAUGAAACCAUCCAAGAAUAGUUAUGGGAAGCCUGUUCCAAAUGCUUGCUACUGGAACCUACCACAUUGCUUUAGCCCACCGCGUGAAGACUUUGAUAAGAAGAAAAACCGUGUCAUGGUCUUUGAUGUCGCAUUUCAUCCCAAAGCUUUCGAAUUGGCCGUCACCAGCCCUGCUAUGCGUCGACUACUCGAUGUUACUGCAGUUGAGGGUGUACAACGAAAUUUUGAUUUGUGUUUGGGUAAGACUGCACAACAAGCGACCAACUUGGCUCAAUUAUUUAAAAACGUCCGUGAUUCCACCUCGCCACCCGGUACCGAUCCGGUUCUUGAAACCACUUCCGAACGUUCGGAGGUGGUUGCUCGUGAGGAAGCCAUUUUGCGGUCCGUCAUCCUACUGAAAGGUGUCUCAUAUAAAGGUGUUGCGCGACCCACCGUCAUCCGACGACAGCGUCCGGACUUCGAACAACGUCAGGCUGAAGUGAAAAAGCGAACAACAGAAGAUAUCGCUUCGUGUGAUGAUCCAGCGCAACGUGAAGCACUGAAAAGGUUGGCUUCUUAUCCAUUUCCCCAGGAGUCUGCAAAAGGUGACAAACACACGAACAUCGAAACUACCAAUUCAAUCGACACCGAUCAACCAGUCGAGCCAGCCUAUACCAUUACCCAUAGCUCGGACUAUGACAUGAUCAACUGCCGAGAUGCACCUGAUGUCAAUCCACUACGUGCGCCAGACCGUUUGCGAAUCACUGUAAAACUUCCGGGUCUAACAUCCAGCUCUUGUCUAGAUUUGGACGUGACUUCGACACAGUUUUCCUUACGUUCCGAAAGACCGGUCAGGUACAAACUGGACCUAAAGCUUCCCUACGAAGUCGAUUAUUCCCAGGGGGUCGCAAAAUUCGACAAGUCAACCAGUACACUGACUACUACGGUUCCCUUAUUACAGAAGAACACUAAGUGUGACCCGCCUGACAGCUUGCCAUCUACAUCUUCGGUGGAUUCCUUAAUUUGUUUAACUCCUUCCCAACCGACGUCCCCACCUUCAUCCAGUCCAACAGGCGAUGAACCGAUGGUUAACUCGACACACAGCAAACGUAAACGUCGAAAACGAAAUCGUCGGCGGUCCUCAACGAGUGGACCAACGAGCAGCACAGUCGUAUCUACUUCCACGGAUGACGUGACCACUUCGAUUGACGUUAGCCAGCCGUUGGACCAUAUGGAUCCUCAACCCAGCGACAUUCGGAGCAACGACACACCCACUGUUGUGCCAAACCAUACGGUUGAAAGUAAACCCGAGACCGUUUGUUCUGCAGGGCUUACUGUACCGGUUAGACAGAUUGGAAUAAACCAGCUCUUGGUAACCAAAGACCGUCGUCUGGCUCCCGUGCGUUUUCGACAAGACCCAUUUUCCGUCUCAAUUCUCUUACCUGUCCGUGGCAUUCUUCCUGAGUCGACGGCACUCAGCUGGGCUGUGGAACCGAUUGAGACGAAAGAACAGGAUGAUUCUGGGGCAAACGAUAGCUCGGAUUCUUCAUCUGUUGCUUUUCCCAUCAAACCACUUCUCCUACUGAUCACAUUUGCAAGCCGUGGAGCUGGUGGAUGCACGAUGGAUUGGGGCGUGGUUUUGCGCUGUCCGUCCAAUGCAGCCGGAACCGAUGUUACUUGCAGGGAACGUUUUUCGCCGGACAAAUUACCCAUCGACUUAGAACCCUCGCAAACCGUUCAAUGGAAAUCUAAUCUGUACUCUUACAAACAGGAUCCUCCAAAAAUCGUUAGUUCGGCAUUCUCAUCGACCAACGCAGUCAUCGUCUUGGCCAAACCACCUCCAGCCUGCUGGGACAACACAUCCCUCCGGUUCCCCAAUAGCGCGCCUCAUCUUUUGAAAAACCCCUCGAUCUGGUGGAAUUCUGUGGCGGUUGGACGUACACUAACCGCUGGGAUGCAAGAAUAUCCUUUUGUUGGUGUCGAAAGCUGUUUAUGUGGGUGUUUGAAGUUAAGCGAUCCAUCGCCUAUUGCUGGAGAAUUCGAUCAAUCAGCUGGUCGUGUAAGGGUGCACGCCCUCUCCGCUGAUUGUUGCGAUAUCUUGUGGACCCGGUCGGAAACUUUUCCACAUCUGGAAUCCAUUCCACCUCUCCCCACAUCUCUUUCCAUAAAAAAUGAACCCACAAAUUGCAGACCUAGGAAGGACUCUUGCGGGUCUGCACCGGUUGCUCUAAAAAGUAUUUUGAAGCAGAGAUCCUAUUCAGAAUCUAGCGGUGACGAGCAGGUAUCCAGAGCGAUCGGUAUAGCUGACACGGGAGUUGACAAUUUAUUCUCAUCUGACGAUUUUCCCACUGCUAGCAGCGGGGAGGACGAUGCUACUACGUCCGCUGCUUCCUCGCAUUCGCAGCUGCCUCCAAUGAUCUGUCGUAUUCGACGUUGUGUCUCGAAUGAAAAACUCGCAUCCACCAGUCAAGCUUUUCAGGUUGAUAACUCGUCCUGCGGACGACAUCGCCGAAGAUCAGUCAAUUUCUCGUCCCAGGAUCAACAUAUCGCAUAUUCACCUCGCGAUACGGUCGUGGCGUUGCAUCAUACGUUGGCCACUCGACGCAAAAAAGCUCUCAAACGAGAAGCUAGACGUCGAAAUCCCAGUGGCGAGGGUCAGACUCCGGAAGCUUGCCCUCCACGGUCACCAAAAAAGAACAAUCGCCAGUCAGUUNGUCAGUUUUUCUCCGGGAACAAUUCGAUUUGCGAUUUCCCUACAGAGACUGGUCAUUCUCUCACCAUGUGCAAUUUGAAACCCGUUGGUGACUCUGAGGACAAUCUAGUCACUGCAGCCGACGAGAACAACGGCAACACAAACGCGGAUUCAACACAGACUAAUCAUUCUUUGAUUCACCCAGACGACGCUCAUGAGAAUACUGUUUCCUCUGACCUGGGAUCAGAAACGAGCGAGUCGAAACAACCGUCAGUGCCAUGGACCGACAGUAGUAACAAGCGCCCUUUGGAGCAGUUCAGCCAAUGUGGUGUAUCUUUAUCUGCUGCCCCCAUCCUCGAGUUAGACGAAGAGUAGGACAGUUUCCGUGGGGCCAUCCCCAUAGAUGUUGCUGUGGUUUCCUUCCAUUUCCAACAAUGAUAUGCUUUCUUGUCAAUCUGGUCUCACUUUAUUCAUCUUUUUCCUCCCUCUGACAAACGGAAGACCUAACUCCGUUUCGUCAAUCUAUCAGUUUAACGCAGCAUGUGAAUACAUACUAGUCGAAUCGAUU